GUCAAAGAUUCCAUCCAACAUGAUAUUAUUGAGCUAGCCUCAUGACAGUGGGCCUCUUCAGAACUCCAAUAUCAACUCCAUUGUUGGAGCAGUUCAUGCAUAUGUGAAGCUGUCAUGGUGAACCUGGGUACCGCUCUUCUCUGUCUUAGCCCGCAAGCCUUUAUCAUCUAUUCUCUGCUUGCUGUUGUAGGGAAUACUGAAGCAGCAGGUGCUUGGGUCCAACAAGGUUGCCCACCGUUCUCUUGUGGGCAUCUGCAGGGCAUUCAGUACCCAUUCCGUCAGAAAGGGGAUCCAUCAGAGUGCGGUGUUCAAUCAUAUGAGAUUAUUUGUAGUGAUGCCAGAGCCAUAAUUCACAUCAACACAGGAAGAUACUAUGUGACCAACAUCUUCUAUAAUAAUUCCACUUUCUGGGCAGUUGACGCUAAUGCGGGCAAUAGCAGUUGCCCCGUUCCUCGAUGGGAUCAGCUCCCCUAUUCAUCCAGUGGAGUGAGUGGUUCAGAUGGAAACAUCGAAUUGGCCACUGUCAAAGAUGCUAUGUGGGUUCUGUUUGUUAACUGCUCCAAGGUAAUAAACAGUCCCACCACUAGUUAUGCGGGUUGGUAUGGCUACCCUCCUGUUACCUGCCACAGUGCCAAGAAUUCAUUUGUUUAUGCCGUGCGCCUGAAUCUCGAAUUAGGCCAGUUGUCUGAUACGGUUGAAAGUGUUCCGCCUUCCUGUGGAUACUUGGGCAUCAUACCUGCUGGUGAUUCGAGGCAGAGUUAUAUACUAUCUAGUGAUGACGAUGUUGUAGAUGUCAGGGCAAUUGCAAGGUUUGGAUUUGCUGUUCGAUUCCCUUUCACAGCUGGGCAAUGGAAAUUGUCAAAGAUUAUCACCACAUGCCUGGCAGAUUCAAUUCGUCAUUUCAAGGCCCAAUUUAAUGGUGCAAGCAUCUGGGGCAAGGGUAGCUCUGUCAUUUGGAGUGAGAUGUAUUUCUUAAGAUGUGUAUACGGCAACUCCGGUCGACCUGAAUUGUAUUGGCCUAUACUAGGCCUACUAUCAGCAAUAGAGAUUGUGAAGUACAUUAUUGUACUUGCAAUACUGCUGAGGUUUGUGCUGGCACCAUUAGCAGUAUGGAUUUUCCUCGCUCAUAGAUACUGGAAAACACGGAUAACAAUCGAUGCUGUUGAGAAGUUUCUCCAAAUGCAGGAGACAGUGGGACCAAUGAGAUUUGCAUACACAGAUAUCGUUGCAAUCACAAGCCACUUUGGACACAAGCUGGGCCAAGGGGGCUACGGUUCUGUGUACAGAGGCAUGCUCCCUGGUGAUGUCAAUCUAGCCGUCAAGAUUCUGUGCAGAUCCAUGUGCAAUGGAGAAGAUUUCAUCAGCGAGGUCUCCACCAUCGGCCGGAUCCAUCAUGUGAAUGUUGUGCGUCUUGUGGGAUAUUGUUCAGAGGAACCAAGGAGGGCACUUGUGUAUGAAUACAUGCCCAAGGGGUCUCUUGAUAAGUACAUUUUCUCAGGCAAGAAGCGUUUCUCAUGGGACAAGCUCAGUGAGAUAGGUUUAGGCAUUGCCAGAGGGAUCGACUACCUACACCGGGGUUGUGACAUGCAGAUACUACACUUUGACAUCAAGCCCCAUAACAUCCUCCUAGACAGUAAUUUCGUCCCAAAAGUGGCUGACUUUGGUCUGGCCAAAUUGUAUCCAAGGGACAACAGCUUUGUGCCUCUGAGCGCCGCAAGGGGAACCAUAGGGUAUAUCGCUCCGGAGAUGAUAUCUCGGAGCUUUGGUGUGGUAUCCAGCAAAUCUGAUGUCUACAGCUUUGGAAUGCUGCUUCUUGAGAUGGUUGGAGGGCGAAGGAACGCGGCCCCAGAUCAGAAUUCGAGCCUGGAGUACUACCCGUCAUGGGUGUACGACCGACUAACCGAGGGAAGAGAGCUGGGCCAGACAUCUGCUGCUGCGGCUGCUGACAUGCAUGUGCUGGAGAGGAAGUUGUGCCUUGUUGCCAUGUGGUGCAUCCAGAUGAAGUCCCAGGAUCGGCCAACGAUGAGGGAGGUGGUAAGGAUGCUGGAUGGCAGUGUCGAUGACCUGCAAAUUCCUCCGAGACCCUUCUUCUGUGACGAGGAGCACAGCCGUGUAGGGGAUUCUCACCAUUUCUACUCCGAGCUGACCUCAGUCUCGGAAGAGGAUGAGUGAAACUGAUCUCAAUAAAUAAAAUGUGUGCGCGCGCGUGAUUUAACAGAUUGGGCGAUGCACUCGCUGGCUGUCUAGCUUGUGAAAAGCUAUAUUAUGCUUUCGUACUUGUAGUGCGUGUAAAUGCUGGAACGCCAUAAGAUUCUUUUCUCUUUUACACUUGUCUGAUUUAGGCUCUUCUGAUUUAGGCGACAUGUUCAACA